AUGCCGCCUCGUGGCGGCCGCGUCUCCAAGGGCCCUUCCCUACCUCUCAAUCUGCUCCGUGAGAUAGGAGCCGAUGGUGCGAGCUCCAAGGCUAGGGGCCGGCAAAAUCGUUCAGGGGGCAGGGGCUUCGAUAGAAGACCCGAUCGUGGGAGCGAUGGGAGGACCGGGAGGCCCAAAGGUUCUUCACAGGGGCCAAAUAGGACCGUCGACGCCGCCAAGAAGCCAAAUUUGAAGCGCAGUAAACCAGGGUACGAUACGGAUUCAGAAGAUUCAGAGGAGAGUUCUUCAGAGCGGCAAGACGAGAGCGGUUUGGAGGACGAAGAUGACUAUGGAGAAGAAGAUGAAGACGACGACGACGACGAUGACGAAGAUUUCAGUGGUGACGAGGAGUCUACCAAAGAGAAACGCCUACCGAAGGCGGUGAGGGAUAAGAUUGCCGAGGACGACAAAGAAAUUGCCGAGCUCGAAAGAAGACUCGGCAUCAAGGGCCGCAAGGGGCUUCCAAAGUCUUUCAAGGAAGACGGUUUGGGUGAUUUGCUGGAGGGAAUCGACGAUGCUGUCGGGAUAGAAAGCAAUGAAAAGAAAAAGCGAAAAGCGGAGGCCGAUGAGUGGCUAGCUCAGAAACGGCAAAAGGCCAACCAGACAACCCGAAAGGUCGAACAGGAUGAUGACGAUGAGGGCAGCGACAGCGAAGACGACGACAUUGACGAGGAUGACUUUGAUAUCGGUGAUGAGAGCUCUCAAGACGGAGGCUCUGAUGGGGAAUUUGAAGGCUUCGAGUCCGACCCCGAAACCGCGUCCGCGCCCAAGCCAAAACGAGAAAAUCCAUACGUUGCGCCCACGUCAGGGGUCACCGUGGCCAAAUACAUCCCCCCAUCCAUGAGGGCAAAAACAGGGUCCGACGAUGAGCUCAUGUUGAGAAUACGACGCCAAACGCAAGGUCUGGUGAACAGGUUAACGGAUGCAAAUUUGAUUUCCAUACUAGGCGAGAUUGAAAAGCUUUACCGGGAACACCCAAGACAGCACGUCACUUCAACAUUGGUCGAUCUACUUUUAGUUCAGGUCUGCGAUCCUUCCAGUCUCCCUGACACUCUUCUCAUCCUCACGGCUGGCUUUGCCACCGCUGCAUACAAGGUCAUAGGCAUGGAUUUUGGAGCAUACCUAGUACAGACCACAGCCGAAAAGUUCAAAGAGCACUACGCGAAAACUGUUGAACGGACGCGAGAACAGCAGGAGGCCACAAAGGAAACGUCGAAUAUCAUUACCUUCCUCUCACAGAUGUACAACUUCCAAAUGAUUGGCUGCAACUUGGUCUUUGACCAUAUCCGUUUUCUCCUUGGCGAGCUUUCAGAGCUCAACGCUGAGCUACUGUUGAGGAUAAUUCGAAUGGCUGGAAAACCAUUACGGCAGGAUGAUCCAAUGGCGCUGAAGGAUAUUGUGGCGCUCAUCCGCCCUGCAAUGGCAAAAGUUGGGGAGAACAAUGUCUCAGUCCGAACCAAGUUUAUGAUUGAAACAAUCAACGACUUGAAGAACAACAAAAUGAAGGCCGGUGCAAGCGCCUCAGCCAUCAACACGGAGCACACAACCAGAAUGAAGAAACUUUUAGGCACGUUGAGUUCUAGGAAGCUGAAGGCAACGGAGCCAUUGCGCAUGGGCCUCAAGGACAUCGAGGAGGCUGAUAAGAAGGGCAAGUGGUGGCUGGUCGGGUCAAGUUGGGCCGGUAAAGACAAGACGGAUAAAAAGACCACUGAUAAGCCCGAGGCCGAUGAUACCAGCGAAGUUGACGAUUUGGACAUUUAUGAUGAUGAUGACUUGGACGUCGACCUCGAGGCUCUAGCUCGACGAUUGAUGUUGAACACAGACAUUCGAAGGUCCAUCUUCUUUGCGGUCAUGUCAGCACUCGAUUAUGAGGAUGCCUACCGGAACCUGCUGAAGCUGAGACUAAACAAGGAGCGGCAAAGGGAGGUCUCGCAUGUCUUGAUUCAAUGUUGUGGGUCGGAAGAGCAGUACAACCCAUACUAUGCUCUGGUGGCUCGCAAAAUAUCGAGCGACGACCGCAGGAUGAAGUGGAACUUUCAGGAUACCUUGUGGAAGUUUUUCAGGCGCUUAGGCGAAUCGCUCUUCGACGAGGAAGCUGACGAAGUAGACGAUGAAGACGACAAGGCCACAGAGCUGCGCCGCAUCGUUAAUAUUGGGAAGUUCUACGGCAACCUAAUACACGAGAGCGUCCUAGGCCUAGAAGUCCUCAGGUGCCUCAACUUCGUCUACUUAAAACCAAAGACAAGAAUGCUGGUGGAGGUCAUAUUGGUCACUGCUCUGCUGGACUUUCCCUGCAAGAAUCGCUCAGGGGCAGAUGAGGUGAUUCGCAAAAUGUUCACACUACCUGGGAAGCCAGAGUUUGCGAGGAGCUUGAAGUACUUCAUGGAAAAGGUCAUGCGAAAGUCUGAGCUGGGAGGCGACAAAAAGAGAACAAAAGUUCUCCGAAGACGGGAGAAUGUCGCUGAGCAGGUGUUGGCUUCAUUGACGUCAGAAGUAUGA